AUGAUAUCAGAAGCAGCCAAACCAUUUGCAUAUGCGCUGAUCGUUACGGGCAUUAUUUGUGCAUUUUCACUUAAUGCUGGAGCUGCAAUUAAUCCUGCUCGUGAUCUGGGUCCACGUCUUUUUGGAGCAUUUGUCUAUGGUUGGAAUGAGGUAUUUCGUGUACAUAACUAUUUCUUUUGGGUACCGAUUGUCGGUCCGAUUGUCGGAGCUAUUGUUGGUGUGUGGCUUCACCAAGGUUUUAAUUGGAUAGUGAAGCACUAUGGCUAUCUUCACAAUAUUCAAGAUAGUGAUUCCGAUAAAAAGAUCGAUUCCAAAGACAUACAAAUAAAAGAGAAUGAUUCAUUAGAGUAUGGACAAAAGUUCAUAACCGUAAACGAAUAA